AUGCUGCUGCCCGAGUUCCGGGAUCUGUACUUGAGCAAGGUAAAAGAGUUCGGCGACCAGGGUUGGGAAGAAGUAUUCAACCGAGUGUCCGUCCAAUUCUGUGCCAACAACCUCGAGAACAUCACCGGCCGUGUUUUGGUGCAGGUCACACCCAGCCGCGUCUACGACAAGGAGGCGGUGCUCGCCCAGUGCUACGCGUACGACCGGGCGUUCAGAGACGCCGGCGUGUCUCGCGACCGGUACGCCAUCAAGGUUGCCGUCACCGGCCCGGCGAUGGCGGCGGCCGAGCAGCUGAACCGCGAGGGGAUCCGAAUGCUGGGGACGUCGCUGUUCGGUCUGCCACAGGCCAUCGCCUGCGCCCAGGCAGGCUGUCUCUACAUCAGCCCUUACUUCAAUGAAGUCGCAGCCUACUCAGACGAGUCGCUCAUGCACAAAGGCUCCGAUCCUGCUCUCACGCACCCCAUGUCCGCGAGGUUGAUUCACAUCUUGGAAACGUACACUCGCCUGUACGAAAAGACCGGCAAAGAGCCGCCCUUGAUUGUGAUUGCCAGCAACGCCAAUGUCGCCGAGGUUCUCGCCACCGCCGAACUCGGAUGCCAGCACAUCACGAUCCUCGCACCCCAUCUCAAAGAACUGACCGAGACGCCGCUGGACGACGAGGCUCGCAAGCGUUACCCCCUCUUCGCGUCCAAGUUGACCAAGAGAUCGGCUCCCUACUACGCGAAUCUCAAGACUCCGUCGCGACUGGCUCAACAUUCGACCUCGGACCCGUUGGCGGGGCCGGAUUGGGACGGCACAUUCGCGAGCACCGACGUCGACUAUCUUGCAAAUGACGGCAAGGCCCUGGAUGAAGCCAUUGCUCGCGACACGGCGGUGGCCAAGAAGCUGAAGGACAUCCUCCAAGUCUUCGGGGACGCGUGUCAACAGGCAAAGGAGGCCAUCGAGAGCGAGUAUGCACAACUGAAGAAAUGA